AUGAGGCUGUGACCCAGCAGUGACCAGAUCGCCGUGCAGUCCCCCUCCCCUCUCCACCCCUUAGGCCUGACACUUGCAGCCCCCGGCAGCGAAGCUCAGAGGGAUGGUGGUGGUUUCGGGGCAGUUUGAAAACAGAGAGACCGCAUACGAUGCCAUGUCGAGCUCUGAUGCUGAAGAUGAGCUGAUCGAGCCACAGACCCCCACCCCGGGCACUGCUUCCUUCACCCUGCACGACAAGCUGCACCCGCUGCAGUUGCCUGAAGUUAUUCCACUUAAUGUGGGAGGGAUGUUUUUUACGACCAGGCUCUCCACACUUCUAAGGUAUGAGGAGACCAUGUUGUCUGCCAUGUUCAGUGGACGCCAUUACAUCCCAACAGACGCUGAAGGGCGAUACUUCAUUGAUAGAGAUGGAACAUACUUUGGAGAUAUCCUGAACUUUCUACGCUGUGGUGAGCUCCCACCACAUGAGCGUGUAAAAUUAGUGUACAAGGAAGCUCAGUACUAUUCCAUUGGCCCCCUGCUAGACAGCCUAGAUAAACUACAGCCACUCAUGGGGGAAAAAGUGAGACAGGCUUUCCUGGACCUGAUGCCAUAUUACAAAGAUCACUUGGAGCGCAUUGUUGAAAUAGGAAAACUCAGAGCUAUCCAGAGGAAGGCCCGCUUUGCAAAACUGAAGAUCUGUGUAUUCAAAGAAGAAAUGCCCAUCACCCCAUAUGAGUGUCCUCAAUUUAACACACUGCGUUUCGAGAGGAGUGAGAGUGAAACAAAGCAUUUUGAGCACUAUUGUGACGUAGAUGUGUCUUUUGGACCUUGGGAAGCUGUGGCUGAUGUCUAUGACCUUCUUCACUGUAUAGUUAGUGAUCUGUCUGAGAGGGGUAUCACCGUUGAACAUCAAUGCAUCGGAGUUUGUGACAAGCAUCUUGUUAAUCAUUAUUAUUGCAAACGCCCCAUCUAUGAAUUUAAGAUCACAUGGUGGUGAACAUUAGGAACACAUCACUUUAUUAUGGGUCAAAUAUUUAUAGUUCCCUUCAGAUGCACAGCCUGUCAAAUUAGAUCAUAAGAAGGGAAUGAAGCUAUGCGAUAUAUGCUUGAAAUAGGUCUUACAAUGGUAGACGGCGGCAAUGAUGACGAAAACUGUGUGGAGAUUGACAUACUAACAAUCUCACAAGUGGAGAUAAUGGUGAAAUUGUAAGACACCAAGGCACCUUUGUUAAUUGAUAAGCACUUUUAAAUUACUUGGUCCUAAAUAGUACUUCUGGAUCACUGGAAAAAGCUUUAAUACAUGGAAGGUGAUUAACACGUUGUAUUAAUACAUAAUACACAUCACAAAUUGAAUUCUUUGACAUUCUGGAUUGGCUAGCUAUCCAUCUUUACUCGUGUCUGUCUAGCUUCUAGAAUGUGAAACUGAAUAGAAUAAUUUCCAAUCUUUUGUUGGUACUGUAAAAAAAAUGUAAAUGAAAAACAAAAUAUUUUUUUUGUUAGAAUUAAAAGGCGGGUUGUCAGUUCAAAAUGUAAAUAUAUUUAAGUAUAUGUAAGGAAACAGAUAACCUGUCAUUUGGAUGGUUUAUGUCAAUUAACAGGAGGAACAUUUUUCUUCAAAAACCUACAGCUUGUAACAGAUAAGUAAGAGCUAAUUUCAUUAGAUGUUUUUGCUUUGCAAAUGAAUUGUAAUGUCAUGUAAUUUAACAAUUUAUUGUUACUGAAAUUUUGAAAGUUGCAUUGAUUGGAACCAACUGUCCGCUGUCUAGCACGCCAAUCAUAGGCAGUGGAGGCAGAAGGUAGGUGGAUAAUUGUAAGCUCCAGUAUAAAGCAGAAGUCUACCGACACAUAAUGAUGAGAUGGAAGAAUGGAAGAAGACUUCAUACAACAUAGAAAAAGUUGGAUAAGCUUUUCAGAUGGUAAAUCCUUGACUUCCCAAAUGACUGCAUUCUCAUUCCUGUACAAUUAAUAAACUACCGUAA